CGGAGCUACGGAGCUACCUACGGAGGUCUCGAUUCUGUAUAAAUCCUUCAUUUCCUCGUCAACUUUGGUCCCAAUCAACAAUCUAAGCUCUCAAUCUCCUCCAAUAUACCUGAAAUCACCUCUCAUACUCACCUUACGCAUCUUCAACAUGCCCCAACUCAACGGCAAGGAAGUAGGCCCCAUCGGCUUCGGCCUCAUGGGUUUGACUUGGCGCGACAAGCCAUGCUCUCAGGAGCAGGCCUUUGAGACUAUGCGCACCGCUCUGAAGAAUGGAUGCAACUUCUGGAACGGUGGCGAGUUCUACGGCCCCGUGGAAUACAACAGCCUGGUCCUCUUGGAGCAGUACUUCGAGAAGUACCCCGAGGACGCCGAAAAGGUCGUCCUCAGCAUCAAGGGUGGGAUGAACCUGAAGACGUUCAAAGCCGACGGCAGCCCGGAGGGUACUCGCCGCACCCUCGACGACUGCACGGCCCAGCUCAAAGGCCGCAAGACGAUCGACCUGUUCGAGUUCGCCCGCCGGGACCAGACCGUGCCCAUCGAGACCACCUUCGGCGUCAUGAACAAGGAAUACAUCGCGACCGGCAAACUCGGCGGGAUCUCGCUGUCCGAGGUCCGCGCCGAGACGAUCCACGAGGCCGUCAAACACGGUAAGGUGGAGGCGGUGGAGGUUGAGCUUUCGCUAUUCUCGACGGAACCCCUGGAGAACGGCGUGGCCGCGGCCUGCGCGCAAUAUGGCAUCCCGAUCGUCGCCUACUCGCCCAUCGGCCGGGGCAUGUUGACGGGCCAGUUCCAGAAGUUCGACGACCUGCCCGCGGACUCGAUGCUGCGCCACUACCCGCGCUUCCAGCCGGGCAACUUCGAGAUCAACCUGCAGCUGGUGCACCAGGUGGAGGAGAUGGCGCGGAAGAAGGGCUGCACGCCGGCGCAGCUCGCCAUCAACUGGACGCGGGCGCUGUCGCGCCGGCCCGGCAUGCCCACCAUCAUCCCCAUCCCCGGUGCGACGACGGCGGAGCGCGUGGAGGAGAACAGCAAGCUCGUCGACCUCACGGAUGAGGAGAUGGCGGAGUUGGAUGCUACCCUGGCUAAGUUUACGCCGGCGGGCGAUCGCUACCCUGCCUACGUUCCUACGAACACCUAGAGCUCCUUCGUGCAAGACGGGAUUUGCAAGGGUGUUUCUGUAUAAUGAGAUUGUGCUUGUACAGGCAAGAUUUGGGAGAAGUGAGUUGAACGCAAGGCCGUUAAUCCAUUUAGUCGAGUUGCGGAGAAGAUAGCAUCAAUUAAUAAUCUG